GGUUGGUGCACCCUGACGCUUCUGCAUUAUUGACUCCACCGCCAUCGCCAGUUCGGAUCUCCAGCUUUUCCUCCCGUCAUUAUUCAACUCUCAUCCUACUUCUCUGUAUUAUCUGGCGCCGUGAUGUUACUAUACUGCAUAAAGCCAGCCAUUCUGUGCCCUUCUUCACACUCUGCUCUCCUCCAACCCACACCUAGAUCUGUCCCCGAGAAGGCGCACAUCUCUCACGAUGACCGCGAAACAGAAGUUUCGGAUCCUUGACGUCUUUAGAUAUGCACUGAAGAUGUUCGAAAUCAUGAUCCUAGCCAUCCCGCGCAUCAAGGGCACCCCGGAGAGCACCAUAAACACCUCAAAUCUCGGCAGUCCACUUCUUACGCUGCCAAACGAGUUGCUCUUUCUAAUCGCCGGUUUCCUGGAAGCCGAAUAUCAACUCUCACUUCGCAUUUGCUGCCGACAGUUUCGCCUCCUACUCAGCGAUCUGGACCCGGCACUGAGUGAUGUCAAGACGCGGCUGCGGUUCUAUAAAUGCCUCGAGCCCGACUAUCCUGAUUAUCUUCCCUGCCCAACAUGUGGAAUUAUGUUCAAAUGGCGCAGUGUGCUUAUGUGGACCCGCUGUCCACGUGAGGGUCAGCACCAUUCUAUGCCUAACUGGAAUUCGGCGAUAUACGAAUGUUGGUACUUGUCAGCAACAACUGACAUUCGAAUGAGUUCUCCAUUUAUCGAGUCGGUUUUUCGUGCUCACGAACGAGGUGAGCGAUAUGGGUAUCCCGUGUCUUCCUUGCGAUCGCGCGGACUGCAUCGCAGAGGCUUCUUGUUCCAAAACGAUGUACGCAUGAUUGAUGGAGAACUUGUGCUUGCUACGCGAUGGGAGCUGGAUGCAGAGGUUCGAAUGAAUUGGGAGGACCAGGUCAGGCUCUUAUUCCGGGCUUCUUGCUUGCAUUGGCGAUCUAAUGGAUGGCACGACAAGGUACCGGCGUUACUUAAGGGCGCGUCCAUGAACAUGAGGCCCUUGAAGCCUGCGGAAGUUGUCAAAUGCUCCUUUUGUGAAUGUGACUGGCAACUACAAAUCAGUCACAAAACCGACACACAUUUGAGGAUAGUCUAUUAUGUCUGGAAAAAUUAUGGACGACGUUACGGAAAAAGGCAAGGGAAUGAGCAAAUCUUUUACCGUGAGCCCGCACCACCGCUGGACAUCGAAGCAGUUUCGCAGAGAGAUCUACGUGCUCUCUUUGAGUCUGGAAACGAGGAAAGGUCCAACAUGGAGGGCACGGAGAUUUGCUAGCGUUCUUUAUCAGCGUUCAUUCUUUCGAAUGCGGUCGCGACGGGAGAGACUGCUCUGUUUCGCAGAGACCGGAAUUGGUCCAUGCCAGUGCAGUCAAUAUUUUUCCUCCUCGAGCUCCUCAUCAUCCGAACCAGCCCAGGCCCCUGGCAUACUGUGCUGCACUAAUCCGAGACGGAUGCAGCCCGGACACAAAAAAGGCGACGUUGACGAUUGUAAUCGCCAUCCACCAUGCCGGUCGCAAUAUCUGUACCUCAUGCCCAUCCAGCCAUGCAAACGUUGAGCGAGUAUACGCCAUUUCAUACUCAGGAUAAGGCGAUAGGUCUCGCUCGACAAAUCAUACUCUUUAAAGUGUGCGGCGAAUGCUUUCAAAGCAAGAUUGGUUUCCUUGUCCGCAUACCAUGCUGCGGUCCUCAUGUACGCCGUAAAGGCCAUGUCCCCAAUAAGGCAUGGAUAACCAAAGCGCUUAUUCUCGAUAACAAUAAUUUUACGUCGUCUGUCCCACCCAAGAGUGUGAUAAGGAAUGAGCAUUUUCGGGAGUCGAGUACGGAGAUCUCGAGGACAGAUCUGCC